AGAUCAGAGCGACGCUACCGCCCCCAAAGCAGGCUGUGUGUGUGUAUGUAUAUACGUUAGUGUGUGUGUGCGCAUGUGUGUGUGUUUCAGAUGAGCCUCUGUUCAGUCCACACAGAGGGACAGUAUGGAGAUUAAGUAGCCACCGCCGUCCCCGGAACACGACACCGUUUACUGACGGCUAUGAUAUCAGAGGAAUAGAGUGGUCUUGUCACGGAGGGCUACGAUCCGUGAGAACAUCGGAGUCAUGCAUUGAAUGGGCUUCAGGGUUGGCAUGGCCCAGUGAUGAGCGGGCAUCAGCAGGCUGGCAGCAGCAGUCCGGAGCUCUGGUCCUCGUGCCCGCUGCCCGACUGGAGGGAGUUCUGUGAGCUGCAUGCCCGUGCCAGCGCCGCUGACUUUGCCUCCAAGUUCCGCCAGUUCCUCCAGGAGAACCCGACCUACGCCAAGGCGGGCGCGGACGCCAGCUUCUCCCAGCACUACACACACACCUUCCUGGACAGCUUCAGUGCUGCCCUGCACACGCAGCAGCUCCCCUCCACGCUGCUAGAGGGCGCCGUCUCCACGUACAGCAUCGUGCCGUUCGCCGGCCUGCAGGUCUGCCCACUGCCCUUCAACCAGGAAGGGUUUCCACGGCGACGGGAGGCCUCCUCAGAGUCCCUGGACAGCAUGGACAGCGGGGGAGGGGGGGGUGGGGGUGGGGCUGGGGGAGGCUCCGCCUCUUUCUCGUCGUCACGGCCGCAACAGAAGAUGGGCGGGCUGGGUCAGUCUCGGAGCUCGGAGGACGUGUCUCUGUCUCACACACACCCCCUCACACAUACACACACACACCCCAGGCAGUGCUUCCGCAAGGGCUUCAGCCUGCGCAACAUGAGCCUGUGUGUGGUGGACGGCGUGCGCGAGAUCUGGCAGCGCCGGGCGUCGCCCGAGCCCGAGGGGGCGGGGCAGAGGCGGAGCAAUUGCGCGGAGGCGGGGCCGUGGAGCCAGCGGCUGCGUCUGAAGGCCACGCCCCCUCGGGCCGAGCAGCUGGAGGUGCAGAGAGAGGGUGCGCUGCGCUUCAUGGUGGCAGACGACUCCUCCAGCCAGGGGGGGGCGCUGUGGCAGAAGUGUCGCCUGCUGCUCAGGAAGAUGCCCACCCCCCUGCAGCGCCUAGAGGGGGCCGAGCGCUUCCUGCUCGAGUUCUACGUCCCGCCAAAGUCCUCCAAGCCCAAGGUUAGCAUCCCACUCUCAGCUAUAGUGGAGGUCAGGACCACCAUGCCUUUGGAGAUGCCCGACAAGGACAACACCUUUGUGCUUAAGGUGGAAAAUGGGGCGGAAUACAUCCUAGAGACCAUUGACUCUUUGCAGAAGAACUCUUGGGUUGCUGAUAUCCAAGACUGCAUCGACCCAGGGGACAGUGGAGAUGAUAUUGAGUUGGCUUCUUGUAUUCAUGGCCAGCCAUCUAAAGAGUUUUCAAUAAUAGCGUCCUGUAGCUGUGAGCUCCUGUCUGAAGGCGUUCACCGGGUUCCAGAGCGCUCAUGUGCUGCAGCAGUGGAUCACUACAGCGCCCCCUCUGUCCGAAGCAGGGAACUACCGGUCACUCAACACCCCUCACACAUCCCCCUGGACCGCUUCCUACAGACGCCCGAGGCACAGGGACCCCCAGUCUGUGAGGGGGAGGAGUGUGGCGAAGCGGAGGGGCGGGGCAGCCUGGCGGGGUUGCCAUGGUUCCACGGGACGCUGUCACGCGUGCGGGCGGCACAGCUGGUGCUGGCGGGCGGAGCCAGAAGCCACGGCCUGUUUGUGAUUCGCCAGAGCGAGACACGCCCAGGGGAGUACGUCCUCACCUUCAACUUCCAGGGCAAAGCCAAGCACCUGAGGCUGUCGGUGAAUGAGACUGGCCAGUGUCACGUGCACCACCUGUGGUUUCAGACGGUGUGUGACAUGCUGAGACACUUCCACACACACCCCAUCCCUCUGGAGUCAGGAGGCAACGCAGACAUCACACUACGCUCCUACGUACAGGUGCAGCGAGAUGUCCUCGCCCCUCAGCUGCCCCCUCCUCAGAGAGAGACGGCCUGUCGGACAGAUGCCCCUCCCCCCCUCAACCUGCCGGUCACCCAGGCAACUGCCUCUGCAGCAGCCGACGCCCCUCCCUCCUCAAGCCCCUCCUCCCCCAGUGCCACGCCCUUCUCCCGUGAGGGGGGGUCUGUGGGCGGGGCCCUGGGCCUGCACAGCCGCAGCAGCAGCUCUGAGCGUCUGCUGGCGCCACCCAGUGGUUCGGACGAGGAUUACCACGACAGUGACGGCGCCCGCCGUACCAGGGCUGUGGAGAACCAGUACUCCUUCUACUGACGUUUGUGUGUGUGUGUUUGUGUGUUUGUGUGUGUGCACGUGUGAGUGUGAGGGUGUGGGUGUGAGGUGUGCGUG